GACGUCAGUUCUUCACGCAACUAGCCCAUCCCGGUAAUGAUGUGCACAAGGAAACACGAGGAAAGAAAAACCCCAAACCAACUGGGGGGAACAAUUAAUGUAUCAUAUCAAUGUUUAAUCAAUGUCUAUUGUUCCCUGCCCUACCAGCUCGGACUCGUCUGCACCGCUCAUUUUCUACUUUUUGUCUUUUUCCUUUCCUUUCCUUUUCUUUUUUUUUGCCUUUUUCUUGUUCGCCCCCGGGCAUCUAAAGCAUUAGAUAUCCAGACCAUAUAUAGACAUCUGAUCUUUGAUGCCAAGCUAUUGUGGAUAGCGCAAUGGAUGACGUGACCUGCGGCAUCGGGGAGGCAAGGAUCUUCGUGUCUUCUCAUGAUUUCAUAAUAUAGUCUGGUUAAACCUCCCCUCAAGGUGAAGAGAACCGUUUGGGGUAAGGGUCGAUCGGCAGUCUCAGGCUAGAUCAAUCGUCUCAGCUCACGGAAGGAUCCCCGUCAUGUGCGGAGAGGUUGUGGAAAAGAGUCUUU